ACAGAAGAUGUGUCACUGAUGCUUGAGGCCUUUUCUUUUCCAAUUAUAAGGUUUAAUAAGGAAUGGUGGUUACUGGUGGGAAUCAUUCAGAAAAUGGGGAGAAGAAUCCGCCGAGCAUUUCAAGAGUUGGGACUACAAGGUCUUGGGGAACCACCUUCUCUGGGCAAUCCGUCUCGACGAGUGGAAGUGUGGGGUCUCCGUCAAGCCGGAGUGAGGCGGCUAUGACGACCCCUAUCAGCGAGAACACUUUUAUUAGAUUGAAUCAUCUAGACAUUCAUGGAGAUGACGCUGGAUCUCAAGGCGGCGUUGUUGGCAAGAAGAAGAAGAGGGGUCAAAGAGCGGUUGGUCCGGAUAAGAGUGGUAGGGGACUCCGCCAGUUUAGCAUGAAAGUUUGUGAGAAAGUCGAAAGCAAGGGGAGAACCACUUACAAUGAGGUGGCCGACGAACUUGUAGCUGAAUUUGCCGAUCCUAGCAAUAGUCUUGCAUCUCCAGACCAGCAACAAUAUGAUGAGAAAAAUAUACGGCGAAGGGUAUAUGAUGCCCUCAAUGUUCUCAUGGCUAUGGAUAUUAUCUCUAAGGACAAAAAGGAAAUACAGUGGAAAGGUCUGCCUCGCACUAGCAUUAAUGAUAUUGAGGAGUUAAAGGCAGAGCGUGUUGGACUGAGAAGCAGAAUUGAAAAGAAGGCUGCCUAUUUGCAAGAACUAGAGGAACAAUUCGUAGGUCUCCAGAAUCUGAUACAGCGGAAUGAGGGAUUAUAUGGCUCAGGAAAUGCUCCUGUAGGCGGUGUGGCUUUACCAUUUAUUCUUGUUCAGACACGUCCUCAUGCAACUGUCGAGGUGGAAAUAUCAGAAGACAUGCAACUGGUGCAUUUUGACUUCAAUAGUACUCCUUUUGAGCUACAUGAUGACAAUUAUGUACUCAAGGCAAUGAGGUUUUGUGAUAAACCUCAGGGAGAUGAUGAUGAGGGUGCCAAUGAUUCAAAUGCAAACGGAGCAGCUGAGGGUUCGGGCAUGCUUGGUAUGUAUCAGUCACACAUACCUCAUCCUUCGAGGUCAAAUGCUGGGGGUAGGCCUCCUACUUCGCCUCCUAUCCCAGGAAUACUAAAAGCACGUAUCAAGCAUGAGCAUUAGUCUUGUGUUCGAAGUAAGGUUUUAUCGCCAUUCAUGCUAUGGAAUUGUUUCUCUUCUCCUGUAUAGUAUGUAAAUUAGUUUGUUUUCCAAUAUUGGUGGACUACCCAUGGUCUGUCUAUCCUUUUCAAUUAGAUUGCUAACAGGUUGAAAGGAUUGAAGGAAACAAGCAAGCCGUGCCCGUUCUUCAAUUCUUUCAGAAGGUUCUCGCCAGGCAAUAGUCAGGUUUAGGAACCCAUGAUUCACUUAAUGAAAAUUUUCUUUAUAUGAAUUUAAAAAAAAUAAAAUUUGUUACCCAGUUCAUUUAUUUCUUUCCUGAUUUAGUAGUAGGGGUUGGUGGGUGGAUGUUUUGUCAUUUUAUUGGGAAAAUUCUACUACUGCGCAUGUA